GGUCCUGAAGGAGAGGAGUCGCGCGUCGCUGAGAAGUUUCUCCAGGGCGGCCAUGAGCGGCUCUCUCUGCCGCCUGCCCGCGGCCCUGCGGCGCUUGGCGGCGUCCCGGCCGCUGCUUUGGGUCACGCGGCCGCUGAGCCAAGCGGGGUCGGCGGGGGAUGGCGCUGCCGGUGGUUCCUCGAGCUCCGGGUCGGGGGAGGUGGAGAAGCUGGUGCGCGCCCACCCAGUCGUGGUCUUCAUGAAGGGCACCCCGGCCCAGCCCCAGUGCGGCUUCAGCAACGCCGUGGUGCAGAUCCUGCGCUUGCACGGCGUCACCGACUACCGCGCCUACGACGUCCUCCAGGACCACGACCUGCGGCAAGGAAUUAAAAACUAUUCCAACUGGCCUACUAUCCCUCAAGUCUAUCUCAAUGGUGAAUUUGUGGGAGGCUGUGACAUACUUCUCCAGAUGCAUCAGAGCGGAGAUCUAGUGGAAGAACUGAAGAAACUGGGAAUACGCUCGGCACUGUUGGAUUCAGAGAAAGACCAUGGCAAAAAAUAAGCUUGCCUCUGUGACUUUAACAAAGACAGCUUUUGAUAACUUGUUACCAGAAAAGCCUUAUAUAAUGUAGCUCAAAAAACCAACUUUUUGAACUGACAAUGAGGUUUAUCACUGUUCACCAUACACUAUAUCUUUAUCGAUUGAUUGUGAAGAUGUUCUGUCAUGAAAAAUUUAAGUAUAACCACUGCACUGUAAAUCAGAUGUUUAGAGUCAAGCUACAUAAGUAGCUAAUUUUUGUUGUAUUUCUUUGUGCAUUUUGCUUGUGUCAGGAAAGCCACAGAAACUAACCCCCACCCCAGGAUCGUCUUUGUGUUUUGCAAAUUGUGUUCUGUGUACAAUCCAGGCAGACAGUAUUUGGAUUUAUCUUACAUCUGAAUGAAAUAUGAAGUAAAUAAUAAUGGCUUUAGUUCAUAUUGAGUGCUUAAGGUUCCACUCAAUUUAUAUUGAUGGAACUUCAUUCCAUUUAAUGCAUAUGGACAGUGGAAUAAAUAUAUAAAGCUAAUUUCUCGUGUUGAAAACAAAUACAACAGCUGUUUUUCCUAAAUCAGUUAGUGGGUUCUGGAGAACAUUUAAAAAGUCUGGAUUAAAAAUUAGAACAUAAUUUACUUCUACCUCUGCCAAAAAGACUGCCUCAGUUAAUACACUUUAACUUUCACCAUGUCUGUGUGCAAACUUCUAAAACUUGCAAUUUGGUGGCUCCAGACAGGACAUGUGGGGAUGGGUUUUAGAAGCACAAAUGCAGUUUCUCACUGUUGCGGCUCAUUAUAAAAUAUGUGCACAAGCCACUUGGGAUCCUGCUCUUGCAAGCAGUUACUGGGUGUUUAACCUUCAGAAAUAUUUGUCCCAAAGCUACACAUGGAUGUGUGCUUUCAAUGUCAGCAGUGUUUCCUGCAUCAUCAAAUAAUAUGCCUACAUAUAUAGAAACAAGCAAAUAGAAGUAUUUCAUGUAAGAAAUAAAACGGAGGCAGCAUAUUUGUUGGGAGCUCCUUUGAAAAUGCACAUAUAACGGGUUCCUUUAUGUUUCUCCUUUUAAACUGAAAAAUAUUAUUUUAUGUUCAGAUGUAUGCAUUGUGCUGUGCAGCUUUGGACAUAGCUCAACAAACUAGGUUCUUCAUACUGUUUUAAUGCUGGAACAGUGUACACUAUUAGAUAUGAGCAAAUUGUAACUGCAAAACUAUGUUUACUUUGUGAUUAUAGUUUUCCUUUCAAGAUAAAGGGCAUUUAUGAAGAAUCUAAGGAUCCUGUGUCUUUAAUGACUUGGAAAGCUUUUUAGUCUCAGUAUAAUGAAAGAUGUUGACAAUAAGAAAUGGUGAUGUCUGAAGAUCUCAGGUCUUUCCACCUGGAAACUUCACGGAGGCCCGGUUGCAACCUUCUUUCUUUUGAGCUCCCAUUUGUAAGCAAGACUGUCAGGAGGGCUAUGAGUACUGGGUGAUUUUACGGGGGUGCAGAAGAAACACAGUGUGUUGGGCAGUAUAGAAAUGACUUCCCUAAAGUUUUUGUUUAAAAGUGGAGGGAAUAUAGUCCUCAUGGCUGCACCAGUACAUGCUUGGACAUAUGUGGGCAAUGCCUGGUGGCAUCACAGAAGGCAGCCGCUUGAGCACAGGUCUCGUGCACGGGGCUUUCGUUUCUUCACCUCCUCUGCGAACUAACAAAACGAAUAAACUGGGC